AGAAGAAGUAAUUAAGACAUCAAUUCUCCAUCUCUUGAGUCUCUUACUAAAACUUCUUCAACUACUAUUUUCAACUAUUCCUACUAACACAUUUCAACUAUCUUACUCAUCUCACCCACACUAAAAACUAUCAUGUGUCAACCAAUCAUCUUCUUAUUAUAAAUCAGAAGGCGUUGUGAUUCUAUACUUCAUUUCUACAUUAAUAUUAACCAUGGAAGCAACUCCUCUUCACAUAGUGAUGUUUCCAUGGUUUGCCAUGGGACACAUAGCACCGAAUAUUCACCUUUCAAACAAGUUAGCAAAGAGAGGGCACAAAAUCUCCUUCAUCAUACCCAAAAGAGCACAAACAAAGCUACAACAUCUCAACCUUCACCCACACCUCAUUACUUUUGUCCCUAUCACUGUUCCUCACGUUGAUGGCCUUCCCCACGAUGCUGAGACCACUGCAGAUGUACCCUUCUCUUUAUUCCCACUUAUUGCCACAGCCAUGGAUCUCACACAAAAAGACAUCGAAUUUCUCCUAAAGAAACUAAACCCACAAAUUGUUUUCUUUGAUUUCCAAUAUUGGUUACCAAACGUGACACGAAGCUUGGGCAUCAAGUCCAUACAAUACUGGAUUGUUAAUCCGUUAUCAGUAGCUUACAUGUGGCACGGACCAAGAAAGAGUCAAGGAAGAGAAUUAACUGAAGUUGAUCUCAUGAAACCGCCUCAGGGGUUUCCUGAUUCAGCCAUCAAGCUUCAUGCACAUGAACUACGAUUCCUAGUUGUCACAAGGAAAUUAGAGUUUGGUAGUGGUGUUUUGUUGUACGAUCGUUUCCAUUUAGGUGCAAGCUCUUCAGAUGCAAUUGGAUUCAAGGGUUGCAGAGAAUUUGAUGGGCGAUAUGCUGAUUAUCUUGAAACUGUGUAUGGGAAACCUGUUCUACUUUCAGGGCCUCUUUUACCUGAGCCACCAAACUCUACCUUAGAGGAAAAAUGGGUUGCAUGGCUUGGAGGAUUCAAAGCUGGUUCUGUUAUUUUUUGUGCUUAUGGAAGUGAAAGCCCAUUACAGCAAAAUGAAUUUAAAGAGUUGUUGCUUGGUCUUGAACUAACUGGUUUUCCAUUUCUUGCAGCACUUAAGCCCCCUGAAGGAUUUGAGUCUAUUGAAGAAGCUCUUCCUGAAGGGUUCAAAGAAAGGGUUGAAGGAAGAGGGAUUGCAUAUGGAGGUUGGGUACAACAACAAUUGAUUUUAGGACACCCUUCUGUUGGGUGCUUUAUAACACAUUGUGGGGCUGCUUCUAUGACUGAGGGACUUUUGAGUGAGUGUCAAUUGGUGUUGUUGCCACGCCUGGGUAAUGAUCACAUCAUGAAUGCACGAAUGAUGAGUACAAAGUUGAAGGUUGGGGUGGAAGUGGAGAAAGGUGAAGAAGAUGGUUUGUUCACAAAAGAAAGUGUAUGCAAAGCUGUGAAAAUUGUGAUGGAAGAAGGAAAUGAGCUUGGAAGAGAAGUGAGGGAAAACCAUGCAAGAGUGAGGAACUUCUUUCAAAGCAACGACUUAGAGUCCACCUGUAUUGAUAGUUUCUGUCUCAAGCUUCAAGAUUUACUUGAAUUCUGAGUUUUAUUGCGAAUGAGAUUAAGAUUUUUAUGGAAUAAUUUUACUUAAUCAAUUAUGUUGGCUAGAUAAUCACAUUAAAAUGGAAAUUUAACGACAGACGAAAGCGAGAAAGGAAGAAGAGAAAGAGAGAAAGAAAAUAUCAGAUGCGUUAUAAUUAAAAGAGCA